GGAUUUGCAAACUCAUUAGUAUGAAUUCAUUAGAGUGUCGGCACCCACUGCGAACGGACGACGCUUAAUGAUGUCAGAAAGCCUGGAAACUUGCGAACUUACCCUGCCCGUGGGCCAAAUUAAGGGCGUGAAGCGCCUUAGUCUAUACGAAGAUCCCUACUUCAGCUUCGAGCAGAUCCCCUUUGCGAAGCCUCCGCUGGGAGAACUGAGAUUUAGGGCCCCAGUGCCCGCAGAUCCGUGGAGCGGCGUUCUGGACUGCACCCACUAUGCAGAGAAGCCAACGCAGAGGGGCUUACUGACCCGUGAAAUCGAGGGCGGCGAGGAUUGUCUGUAUCUGAACGUCUAUUCCAAGCAGCUGAAGAGUGACAAGCCAUUGCCGGUGAUGGUGUACAUUUAUGGCGGGGCCUUCACCGUAGGAGAGGCAACCCGCGUAUUGUACGGCCCGGACUAUUUUAUGACCAAGGAUGUUGUUCUUGUGACGUUUAACUAUCGCGUGGAUUGUUUGGGAUUCCUCUCCCUCAAGAACCCGAGUCUGAAGGUUCCCGGAAACGCAGGCCUCAAGGACCAAGUGCUAGCUCUCAAGUGGGUCAAGCAGUACAUCUCCAACUUCAAUGGCGAUGAUAGUAAUAUUACGGUAUUCGGAGAGAGCGCCGGAGGUUGCUCCACCCACUUCAUGAUGUGUACGGAACAGGCCAGGGGACUGUUCCACAAGGCCAUUCCCAUGUCGGGAACAGUGCACAACUACUGGGCCAAUAACCCCGCCGAAGACUUUGCCUUCCGCCUGGCUCAGCAGAAUGGUUUCACUGGCGAAAAUGACGACGCCAAGGUACUUGAACAUCUCCUGGGAGUUCCGGCUAGAGAUUUGGUGAACCAUAAUUUGAUAACACCCGAACACCGGAGGAACGGUAUACUCUUCGCCUUCGGACCCACAGUGGAGGCGUAUGUGGGUGAGGAUUGCGUGGUCCCCAAGUCGCCAGUGGAGAUGGCCCGGGAUGCGUGGUCCAACGAUGUGCCCGUCAUGCUGGGUGGAACCUCCUUCGAGGGUCUCUUCAUGUAUCCAGGCGUUUCGGCCAAUCUUAAGGCUUUGGAUAACCUGAGCCAGGAUCCAACUAGGCUGGUGCCGGCUGAUGUGCGUAAGGUCAGUAGCGAGAAAGAGAACCUGGAGUACAGCCAGCGUCUGAUGAAGGCCUACUUCGGAGAUGAGCCACCCAGCUCAAAACUAGUUUUGAAUAUGCUCGAUUUUUAUUCCUACAAAGUAUUUUGGCACGGCUUCAAUCGCACCUUUAACGCCAGACUUGCCUAUGCAAAAGCACCCACAUAUUACUACCGCUUCGACUUUGAUUCGCCGAACUUCAACUUCUACCGGGCUAAAUUCUGUGGAGAUAACAUUAAGACUGGUGUGGCCCACGCCGAUGACCUGAGCUAUUUGUACCGGGACGCGGGCUCUUGGAAACUGGAUAAGACAUCUGCGGAAUACCGCACCAUCGAAAGGAUGAUUGGCAUUUGGACGGCAUUCGCCGCGACCUCCAAUCCCAAUUGCCCUGAGAUUGGCCACGUGGAGUGGAAACCAUCUACGAAGGAUGAUCCCAAGCGCGUUAUUAACAUCAGCAGCGAUGUUACUAUAAUAGAUUUGCCCGAGUAUGAAAAACUUCAAAUUUGGGACAGCUUGUAUAAACCAAAUCAAUUGAUCUAAGCAUACAAAUAAAUUUCCAUGCAGUCAUGUUCACAAAAGUACUGUUUUGCAUCCGUGCUAA